AUACAGUAGUUCAACAAAAGUCACAUACUUCAGGAUACUUGCUGCAGAGCUGACCUUCUAGGAAAGAGUUGGCAUUCCCAUGAGCAAUGGAGAAAAUCUAUGACAAUGCUGUUGAUGUCAAAACCCUAAGCUCAAGAUCAUCAACAAUACAAGAAGGUCCCAGGAGACUUCUCAGAGCGUCUGUUCUCGGUCUGGGGCUGCUGAGUGUUUUCCUGCUGGCUGGACUCAUCGGCCUCGCUGUCCACUACCAUUACUCAGUAGGUGGUGCCGCUGCAGAUUUCUCCGCUGUCAAAGCAGACCUGUCCUCAGUGACUGAAGAGAGAGACAACCUCACUGAGCGUCUCCAGGCCAGAGAUCAGCUGAUCAACCAGCUGAAGGCCAACCUCACUGAAAAGACCAGAGAGGUUGAGUCUUUGAAGAAAUCGUGUCCUGAAGGAUGGAGGAAGUUUGAUAGUUCCUGUUAUCUCUUCUCUACUGAGAAACGUUCAUGGGAACAAAGCAGAGACAACUGCACAGCCAGAGGAGCACAUCUGGUGAUCGUAGACAGUGAGGAAGAACAGGAAAUCAUAACUAGCAUGACCAAGAAAGACACUUGGAUUGGUUUGAGUGACAGAGAAGAGGAGGGGACCUGGAAAUGGGUGGAUGGAUCUCCACUGACCCUGACGCCUGAGCGUUGGGAGGAGGUGAAGAGGGCGGUGGACUGGGUCUGCUGGGCGGACCGGCAGUACCCGUGUGUCUACAGCCGGCUGGAGUUUGGAUUCAGCUGGGAGUCCUCCACCCGCCAGCUGCUGGGCUUCGAAGGCCUCCCUCCCUUCUCCGCUCUCAGGGGACUGAACCUGCAGAAGACCGUCCACCAGGUUCUGGUCCACUGA